AUGUCGGCAACGUUGUCGGAAGUGUUAAUAACGGCCUUCUUUUUCCUAGUAGCGACCUUUGUCAUUGGGUUGAGCCCUGUUUUUAUCGUUAGACAUAAAGGUUAUCAUGACAAGUAUAUUGGGAAGUUGUCACUUUUUGGUAUGGGGAUGCUUUUGGGCACGUCUUUCAUGCUUGUGAUCCCUGAAGGUGUGAAAGCAUGUCUAGAACAUCACGGUAAUGUGGGCCUUAACCUGUUGAUUGGAUAUUUAUGUGUUCAUCUCCUAGAUAGAGCUGUCAGUUGGGUAUCUGAGAGAGAUAUUACGGAACGAAAUCCAAGUGCUGAGAGUUUCAAAACAGUGUUGAAUCCUCGGACAGCUUUUUUGAAUGUUGUUAGAAAUAAUGUGGUUUUCGCUUUGGUGGUACAUGGAUUGUCAGACGGUUUGGCAUUGGGUGCGUCAGUGGAUAACAAGUCGCUGAAAAUCACGAUGCUCGUGGCUAUUGUUAUUCACAAAAUACCAGCAGUACUGUCUUUAACGAGUAUUAUGAUCUCACGCCAAAAAUUGCCAUUGCCAGCAGUAAUUUCGAAUUUGGCAGCGUUCGCAGCUUCCACUCCGAUCGGUUACUUGGUAAUCUCCAUAUUAAGCGUUGAACAUUUCGCCGCAAUGGAAUGGAUAAGCGGGAAUCUACUUUUGAUGAGCGGUGGUAGUCUUUUGUAUGCUUCUUUCACUGCGUUUUCCGGUUCUGACUCUCACAGUCAUGGCGUAAGCCAUGGCAAUGCACCAAAAUCCACUACAGACGGAUUCGUCAUGAUAAGCAACUCAGACGACGAACAACUCCGAACAAAGGACAUGACUCCUAUGAAUUUUAGCGUCGAAGAAAGUCAACCCAAAGUUUUGCCCAGUGAAACUGGAUUGGUGUUGCUCGGAGUCUUGAUCCCCGCCAUUAUUUCGUUCUGCGUCAACGAUGAUUGA